CUUGCAGCAGCUACACGCAGCCUCCCCUGCUCACUAUCUUUUGCAUCAGAACGACUAUCAUACGAAUUAUGACGUCAUCAAAGACACGUAACGUACCAGCGAUCGGUGUUGUGGUUGCGGUGCUCUGCUGUACGAUGCAACAGGCAGGCGCUCAGGCCUGGUUUGCCGGCGCGUGUCCGAGCCCCGCUCCUGUGGCCUACAACGCAGCGUUGCUCACCGGCACGUGGUACGAGGUACGGCGCUAUGACUUCGCUCUCGAGACUCUCGCCAAGUGCGUGGCGUGGACCUUCACGGAGACCACGACUGGCACACUCACGGCCAACACAGUCAUAACGAGACUUUUCGGUAGCAAGACGAUGACGUCAACAUUGACGCGAGUGACGGGCUCCACAAACGCGGACUUCAACUUCAGGAUUACCAAGCUUCCUGGUCUGUUGACCGGGUGGUUCAAGACGCUGAACAUGAAGGUGCUUGCGGUGAACGCCGACUACAUGAUCUUGUGGAGCUGCUCGCCAGCCUUACUGAAGAAUUCUCAGUUGCUGUGGGUGUUGACGCGAUCACAAGCACCACCAGCCACCGUCAUCACAGGCGCGCUCACCACCGUCGCCGCUCUGGGCCUCAACACCAACUCCCUCAUCACAGUCAGCCCGACGUGCUGAGAGUUAAUGACAUUAAUUUUUACGAGUGUCAAGUUGUUCAGACAAUUCUGCACACGCGGUCAAAAUUCAGCUGCUUCUCUUAGAAAUUGUUAGCGUCAUAUAAUUAUCUCCUCACUGUUAGCAUUCAUUGUAUUCAGGCAUAUUUAUGAGAAAGCAUAAUGGUUAUUUAAACGAAUUCUUUCAAGUGGAGUAGCUCCAAAUUUGCCACUGUCUAGCUACAAAUUUAGACACAUUUUUGAAAUAUUUUCCAAAGCAGCCAAUAACUAUGACGAAACAAAAACAUUCACGUAUCAACUUCAUAAAAUAAGAUUUAAACAAUUUUUUGUCACUUAUUUUAAAGAAUAAUAAAGUAGAGAAAACUGCAAUGAGCGCCUUGAGCGUAAUGGUAGUUCGCUAUAGGCUAACAACAGUAGUUCACUGUUAGCAAUGCUGAAAAACGGUAGUUUUUAAUGCAUGGCUUGGAGUCGAACUAAUUACAUGCAUGGCAUAUAAAUCUGUCUAAAAAAGUUUGUUUUCAAUUUCCGGGCAUAUAAAUACAAAUUUAAAUAUCAACAUCCUCCUUAUUAUCAACAUUUACGUAUUUUACUAUAAACUUCAACAAAAUCUUGUUUGGAAUUCAAUGACCAAGGAACAAACGCAAUACACGAUGCAGCAAUUGAA